AUGUCUCCAGCUCAUACUGCUCGCAACUCCCGGAAGAAGGAGAUCCCUGAAGCUUUUAUUCUGAACUGGCAGUGUCCAGGAACUCAGGGAGCGAAACCUCUGGUUCGUCGACCAAUGACUGCAUGCGAAGCAUGCCGCAUGGCUAAAGUGAAAUGCAACGGAAAACAAGAAUGCGAGCGAUGCAGCAGUCGAGGAGAAAUUUGCAGAUAUACUUCGGCGAAUAGAGAGCAUCGGAUUUCUCAUCAGAAAAAUAUCCGGGAAAGCACAACGGCCAGCAACAGGAAAACCGCAAAACAAUUCUCGUCAUCAUCAUCCACUAACCACAAUUCGCCUCUUAAUCCUGAAUCACAACGCAAUUUGCAGAUUCAGGCUGACAUCGGACCCUACCUAAGCCCAGAAUCAAGUGGUGAGGUAUCAAUAGACCUUAUAGAGCCUUUUCACAUGGAAAUUGCGACAGAUAUUUCUCAUGCGGAAACAAAUGGCUCCGUGGUGAACUUGCCGAAUAACAUGUUUCAUCAGGCAAUGGAGAAGUUUGACUGGGAAUCACUAGUCGAUAUCAAUCGAAAUCCUAUGACAAUGCAUAGUCAACCUCACAGUGAAAGCCUAGGGUCUCUCUCGGACAUUGACACGACAAGCUUUCUGUCUUUGGAUGGUCAACAUAAUUAUUCACCCUCGAUAAAUCCACGCAGUUGUCACUGUCAAGCCAAAAUGAUGCUUCGCGUGCCAGACGUCAAAGGUGUGAUGGACGAGAAGCCGGAGCCACGUCUUGACAAAGUGUUCAAGGUGACUGGCGAUAUGAUUCAAAGUUGUCACGACAUCAUCAAAUGUGCCAGUUGCGAGAUCAGCCAUGCCGACCUUGUUUGUAUUAUGGCCGUUUUUCAGCAUACGGACCAGUGUUUUGAUUACAUCGCUAAAUGCGACUUGGCAACUGCAUGCAUCCAAGUCAGUGUGGGAGAGUAUCACGUUUCACUGAUGAACGACCUCAAAUUGAGACGCAUGCUGGUCAUGGAUCUAGUGCAAAAGGCCAGGGACCUUUUAUCUUCCUUGAGUUCACUUGGUCAAAAACUACUUUUGUCUCAUCCUGGCGCUAGUCGUCUGAAUAAAAUCAAUCUUGAAUAUCUGCAGAAGGUGGUGCAGAACUCCGAAAACUAUCUCCGGAAAAUCACGAGCUCAUUCGAUAAUGAAACUCCAUCAUGA